AUGAGUCCUGCCAUUAUGACAACAACAACGACAGCACCACAAAUGACUACUCAACUAUCAGCUACCAGUUCAUUCGACUUCAAUUCACCAGCCAUCAUUCUGAUUUUUAUUCUCAUUAUAACUCUACUCGCUACACUAAUUGUAUUCUCGAUAACAGUAAUUGUCAUUUAUUUUCUUGGUCUUUGCCGAAAUAGCGAUCGAUCAGCACAUUACACGUCAAAGUCAGCUCAAACCAGACGGUUACCGCAACAAGAAGAAAAAGACACAAUUUAUCUCACGCCGUUAAUUCGCCAGGCACCAGACCGAGUAUCUGGAUUCGAUCGUCCAGCAUUCGACAGAAAUCAAAAUCUUCCCCAGCAGCAGAUACUUGACAACCCACAUAUCCAACUCGUAAGUAGCACCACACCACAACGGAUUCGCCAUAUUAUUACCAAUGUAUCUGAAACCUUCCAUAAUGACUUUCAUGUUGGAUACUUAUGUGAACCGGUUAGCAUGCUCUGCCGGUCUUUUGUGGAACCUGUCUGUGGACAUAUCAAAUGCCACGAGCAAAACCCACCAUGUAGGACGAUAAUGCAUCAUGGACGACAAUAUAAUCCACCAUGGGCGACAAGAACCCAUCGUGCCCAAUCACAGCUCACUAUGCUCAACCCGCGCCCACCAUGGCCAAGCUCCACACACCCUGGCCAACCCGCGCCCACCAUGGCCAAGCUCCACACACCCUGGCCAACCCGCGCCCACCAUGGCCAACCGGCGCGCAUCUAA